AUUGCGAACAGGUUACCUGGUUUGUUAAGCAACGAUACCCAUUAUUCACACUGCCUGAGGGUUCGGUUACCGCAGCUUGUGCAUUGCUGGAAGCGAUAUCGGGGAUCUGGACCAAUAUCGAUUUGCUGCGUCCCUUUGAUGUUCCCGGAUAUGCGAGGACAUGUAAAGGCAGUCAGCAAAAUGCCUACUGUAGACCCAGCUGAACACGAGAACCCUGACACGGGGAUGCUGGAAUUCCAACCACCGUAUUUCCCUCCGCCCUACUAUCCACCCAUAGGAAUGCACAAUUCCGGUUUCGGUCCAAUUCCACCAUCACCUGGAGUGAACUCAUUGGGCCCAUUUUUCGGUCACUCUAUGGGCUACAAUUCUGGAGUCGGACAUCUUCACCUGUGUCCACAACCGUUUAUGCUUGGGAUGCACAGUCACCAACAACCGCAGCAGCUGCCUCCGCCUCCAGCCCAUUCCCCGUCCGCGAUCACUCUUGCAACCCUAUCGCAAACGCAACAGACACUUCAGCAACGGCAGCGACAACAGCAGACUGGCAGCUACUCCACUCCAACGACACCGUACAACUUGAGUCAAAGCAUGUACUAUAGCAAUCCGCUGAGCUACCUAUGCAAUGCAGGAAACACAAGUGCGUUACUGGUGGAUGGCAUUCCUGAGGCUGGGAGUGUCACAUACCCAUUUCCGGCUAUCCCCGAGCAAGGGUCAUAUGGAUUCACUUCUGACCAAACAACCGAUCAGCAAAUGGCUAGCGACCAAGUCCCAAAGGAAAAACUUUGCGCGAAUCGUCGAUUUGGCCAAACCGACACUACCUCUGGUUCACAUUCCGCAACCGCUACUGAUCUAUUCUGUUCUGAACCAACGACAAGAAGUAUGACCACUUUGCCGGUGACUCAGGCGGUAUGCGCGGCAUCCUUUGGUAAUGGUUCUGCGUGCUCUAUGUCAAAGGAUACAUUCCGGAUGGAUAGAUAUAACAAUAUUUCCAUGAUAGGAAUUAAUCCCAGUUUGCAGGAUCACACCGCGUUCAUGGAAAACGCUGUGACAGCGAAAAUGGACGAACAGGGCGCACUAACAUCGGAGGCUGAAAAUUACUCGACGAUGAAUGAUUCCCUCGCUUAUGAUCGGACCAACGGACUCGCACCCAACACGGAUGAGGACCAGUACGGGGCAACGCGAAAAGGAUUCGACCAAGCAGAACAAAUUGUGGAACCAACUUAUCAGAGGAGUGGGACUCCAACUUCGACGGACUCUUCUGGAUCCUCCUCAAGAAAUUCCUCCAAUUGUUUGUCUCCUCCUCUUGGUGCAACUAUUGCGGAGUCCGAUGGCUCUCAUGCGCCCAUAAUUUCUUCAGUGACAGGUUAUCGUGACACAACCAACACACUGCAAUGUAAUCCAGCGUUGCAACAACCAGGUCAUAGUGGCAGACCAGCGUUCGACACUCCAAACGGUGAACCAGGUCUGCUGUUCCCGAAAGCCCCUAGUCUACCAUGCAAUUACUUCGACUUGGCUCUGAAAAACGCCUUCGAAUUUCGUCCUGGCCCAAAAGGAACGUGUUACGAUCAGGGUAUUGCAGGAGCCAACGCCACAACUAUGAUCUCGCCUACUGGAAUGAACGCCUCCAACAUCGAGCCUGAACACUACUCAUCAAUGCACACAUUAUUCCCAGGUGGCCUGUCCGGAUUGAUGCAAGGAGGCAAUGCGCUACAACAUGCUAUGCAGUCCCACGCCGCAAUGGUAUCAGAAAGCGCGUUCAACCGACAACCAGCUAUAGUGAACCACUCAAAAAGCGGUUUGUUCAAAAGAGGAUUUCGAUACAAGUGCAAUCCUGACGGCCGCCUGGACUUCACACAAGGUCCCAGUCCGGCAGACAUCUUCUGUACAGUUCCUGGUCGCCUAUCGCUGCUCAGUUCUACCUCUAAGUACAAAGUAACCGUUGCGGAGGUACAACGAAGGCUCUCACCACCCGAAUGUCUUAAUGCGUCAUUACUCGGUGGUGUAUUACGGAGAGCCAAAUCAAAGAAUGGCGGUCGUUCCUUGCGUGAUAAACUAGACAAAAUUGGUCUUAACCUUCCCGCCGGAAGAAGAAAAGCUGCAACCGUUACUCUUUUGACUUCAUUGGUGGAAGGUGAAGCGAUCCGCAUGGCGCGAGAUUUCAGUUACUUGUGCGAAAACGAAUUUCCCCAUCGAGCAUGCGCCGAGUACUUGACACGUAAUUUAGAGACAGCCGACGUGACGGAAGUCCAAAAAAGACGGAGUCAGGUAUUUUCAUCCAGACAAGUUAUGUUGGAACUGACUGAUAUGUUUAGCAAAGACCGAAGUCCCCUGGCCACAAAUCCUCUGCCACCAACGCGCAACUCCGCGCCUCUGGACACAGCGACUCAGCGUUCCCUCACGCAUUUCAGUAAUAUUACCCAUGGUUUCGGAGGCCUUACUCUGAUCAGUGCGUUGAACACAUUUCAAACUAUCCUGACAGAUGUGCUCAAAAUUUUGGACAAAGAAAGCCAACAGCCUGGAAUGUCAGCCAAACACCUGCACAUGACCAGUUCAGUUGUUCCUCAAAUAUCGCAUUCUCAUCUGCGAAUGCACGGACCUAACGAGACCCACCCUGCGCUACCGUUAGCAUCAUCUGGUACAGGGCAAACAGACGACGGCAGCCGUCUCCGAUGCAAAAUGCCGCACCCGAGUGAUGGAAGCAUGUCAGAACUCUUGGGUCUGAUGUCUGGCCAACGCACUGGCUUGGCGGAUGGCAUGGAAACAUCAAACAUAAUUCACCGAGUGAUUUAACUGGGGCGAGCUGAUGCUCUUAAAUAAAUCCUGACGCUAACUAAUGAAGAAGGAAGCGUUGACCCAACUUGUAUAUAUAUGCAUUAGAUGAGUAACAUUCAUUGUAAAAUACAGAGGUGUGAAUGCAUUUGGCAAGGU